CUUGGCAACGUUGGAUUAUAUUUCCCCCGUUACGUUUCGUGUCGUCUGCUAUUGUUUGAUUUAUUUUCGUUAAAUAAUAAUAAUAAUAAUUUAUUAUUUUAAAAAUCUUAAUUUUAUAAGCAAAUUCAAAUUAUUAUUCAUUAUUAUAAAUCUUUGAAGAAUAUACUAUUAUAUGUAUAUACUACUUAUAUUACUUUCAAAUUUCGCGCUUUUUCUAUACCUAACCUACAAGACGCAACGUUGCCAAGCGUUGUGCUAAGUAAUUUCUGAUUGUCAAAAUACGGUGUUUUUUUAGACAAAAUAAUUAAUUGUGAGUCUCCUAAGCCAGGUCUGAUCAAUUUUAUUAAAAUUCGUUUAAAAAUGAGUCGAAACAUGUUAUACCUAUUGAUUAUAAAAAUAUUAUAUGCAUUGACAUUAGUUAAUUGUAUGUACGAUGAUAUCGAAGAGAUUUCCAAUCUUGUAAAAAGCGGUUUAGAUCGCAACCAACAACCUUGUAAUAAUUUUUAUAAAUAUACUUGUGGUAAUUGGGCUCAAAACAAUCCUAGACCUGCGAAUAUUACAAUUUGGAAUAGUAAAAUAAUGACGAAGGACAAUUUAAUUUCUUUGAUUAGAGAUAUUUUAGAAAAUCAAAAUAUUGACGAAAAUAACAGAGAACUUUAUGUUGAAAAGAGAUUGUAUUAUGCAUGUAUUGACCCAGAUUUCUCGUUAAAUGAAGGAUUAAGAUUGUAUAAAGAUAUAGUAAUUAAAAGAACAGAAGCUUCAGUACUUUUUCAGACAAAUUGGCAACAUGUGGCUAAAUAUUAUUUCAAUACAGUGGGUGAAAAUUCUCUUUUUCAUAUUACAUUAAACAAACAAAACAUACUGCAAACUAAAAUAAUCUUGCACAGCUCGGCGUAUGCGCAACGUGAAAGAAAAUCGACAUAGAAUAUAAUACUGAAUCCUUUUGAUUGCUUGCGUUCGAAAGUCAAAUUCUCUAUAAUCGAACGGAAUCCCACUGACUUCUACGGACUCCCUAGCGAAUUAGUUUAAUGCGUUUUAACCCAUAACUGCCACCAUAGGUCCAGUAGACCCGAGCAUUUUAUCGAGCUCAAAUUUAUUGAAUGUGUUGCUUUUGAAUUUUUUUUAUAUUUUAAUAUAUUAGUUUGAUAUAUUCUUAGUAAUUUUGUAAGUUUUUUGAUACAACUAAUUUGAUUCCAAAGAAUAAAUUAGCUUCAAACAUUGAUAAUUAUAAAUUUUUACUUUUAACCUAAAAUGUCCCUGGCGGAUUCGAUUUGCGUAAUGUCUACUUAACUAAGCGGACUUUAGGUAGACAUUA